GUUUACACAAAGAGGAGCUUGAGAGAGAAUCUCCUGCAAAUGUAGAGCAAAGACAUCAAGAGAAAUUUCUAAGUUGGUUUAAAACUCAAGUUACAAAUUUGCGGCUGAACAAUUCAAUUGGAUUCUCUAAUCAACUGUAUGUACUUGGAAUGGGCCCUAAUGAACGAGUCGCGAAGUAUAGUGGUUUGAUUGUGAAUGGAGUUAGAUUUCAGACUGUAGAUCGUGAUAAGACCCUUCAAACACAAAAUAGCGGUAUCGUGGUUAAGGGAGAGCAUAAUUCAGAAGAAAUUGAUUUUUAUGGUGUGAUAGAGGAUAUAAUCGAGCUGCAGUAUGGUAAUAUGAAUCGUGUUUUUAUAUUGGGAUGCAAGUGGUGGAAUAUGGGGGACAAGCGAAAUGGAUUUUGGUCGGAUGGACGUUUAAUUAGCGUUAACACCAGUAGAACGUGGUACAUGAGUGAUCCAUUUGUCCUUGCAACUCAGGUUGAGCAAGUUUUUUAUGUUAAUGAUAUUAAACGUGGAGGCAGUUGGAGAAUUGUACAGAAGGCACAUUCUCGAAAUCUUUAUGAUGUUCCUGAGAGAGAUAUGAGAUAUGAUAACGAAGAAUUGGAUACCAAUCAAGAGCCAUAUCAGCAAGAUCAGUCAUAUGACAUCAGUCAAAUUGACAUCGAUGAUAAAAUUGACGGACCACUACAUCGGGAUGAUGUAAUGCCUAUAGAUGUUGAUUCCAGCACAUUACUUUCACAAGUUAGGAACAACAAUGUUGAGAAUGAUUUUGUUGAUGAAGAAUAUGAUACAUUCGAUGAAUAUCUCGAUGAUUCUAAUGAAGAGGACUAUGCCGAUGAUGACGAUGACGAUUUGGAUGAGGAGUCAUAGAUUUUUCCGAGUCUGCUGGUCUUCCGUGGGCAGUGGCAAAAGGAUAGGACACUUUCACUCCAAUCUGUACGGUUAUUCUGAAAGCAAUCCACCGAAAAAUUCGCAAGAUUUGCUGCCCACUAGCAUCAUUGAGCGCGAAGAAGGGCGCGCCAAAAUGGGUAUGCAAAUUUGGCGAAAAAUUCAGUGUAAAUCAUUUCCUGCGAAUCGUAAUUGGGGGUUCGUAGCUCUCUAUCUAAUCACAAGAGAACUUGGGCAAAUUACACGAAGGUCCAUUGACGAUGACACCACAUCGUCAAAGGAAAAAUACUUCAGCCACUGGUCAAGUCAGUUCUACUCAAUCCCAAUCCCAUCCUGGUUUGCCAACAGCUCCUCAAAGCAUGUCGCCUCAAGUGGGAACUUCUAAUCAAACUGGUAGCCCGGUUGCUUCUAUACCAGCUGAUUUAGUAACCAAAGGUACUACUAUUGCUACCAAAAAGAGAGGUCGUGGUUUAGCUAGGGGUUUUCAGGUCACGAAACGACUGAAGGAGGGUAGCAAAAUUGAUGGAGUUAUCAUUUCUGAAGAUAACUACAAACCCGUAGGCCCAGCUGAGAAAAUAUUUAAGAUGGAGUUAGGCAUAAUCACCCGGUUACUAGCUCCCCUUCAAGUAUUUUAUUGGAAGAGAAUGAAAAAUGAGAUGAAAGAGCCACUGUUUGCUCGUCUAGAGAGUGAAUUUCAAAUUUCUCUAUCUGAGCCCCAUACAAGAGAAGUGGUAGAUGCAGCAAUGGCAGAUCGUUAUAGGCAAUUCAAGCAUAAUUGCCGCAAGCACUAUAGAAAGUUUUCGACCAUUGAGGAAGCACGUCAAAAUCCUCCUAUUGAUGUGGAGGAGGCAGAUUGGAUUUCAUUGUGUGAGCAUUUCGAGAGUGAUGAAUUUAAGCGUGCUAGCAAGGCAAAUGCUGCCAAUCGGUCGAAGCUUGAGGUGAAUCAUACAUCAGGUUCAAAAUCAUAUUGUCAGCGUAUGUAUGAAAUGGAAAUCUCUGAGGACCCUCGACCGGUUCCUAAAGAAGUCGGUGUGUAUUAUGAUGCCCAUCACAAGAGGGCUACCGGCACAUGGAUCCAUCCAAAAGCUCAAGAGAACUAUGAGCAAAUGAAGGCUUUGCAUGCACAACCAACAGAGAAUGACAUUCCAUUAACAGGAAGAGAGAUAUUUCAGGAAGUUGUGAAGCCAAAAUCUGGGUAUACUCGUGGACUUGGCUAUGGUGCGAGGCAUCAUGCUAGGCCAAGAUCAACUGCUCGUUUCUAUGUAGAAGGUAAUGACUCUGAGAGAGAAUCUCGUCAAGUGUUGGAGCAGAAGAUUGGAAGUCAACAAGCUCAAAUAGAAAGUCAACAAGCUCAGAUAGGAAUAUUGCAAUCAUCACAUGCCAGUCUGGAAGCCCAAAUUCGAGAUUUGCUUGGUCGACUUGAAGCAAGAGACAGCUCUCACUCAAAUCCUUAACGAUGAAAGUGCAUUCGGACAAUGGGAGGCGCAUGGCUCAUCCCGUAAAUGGUUUAGAAAGAUCAUCUCUAUAUUCUAGGAUGUUUUCUUUUAAUUUCUAAGUUCAAGUAGAAGUAGUUCUCUUCUUAGA